ACUCAAAUCUCAAUAUCAAAGAUGUAGAAAUCAGAUUUGAGCUUUACAACGAAUCGGUAAAAUACAUAAAAAUUCUAAUGUCGUCAUUAAACUUGAUAAGCUUUUGUGUUCUUGAUAAAGACUCUGAACGUGCUAAGUUUCAGUUUCAAUUAAGAAAAUACUCUUCUUUAAGUCAUGUAAGAUCAAAAGCUUUUCGAUUUGCUGGUCAUUACUGGAAACUUCAAGUAGUUAAAAAAAACCAACAUUUUGGAAUGUUUUUAAGAUGGUACGGAACUAGCAAAGCUUCUGAUUGCUCUAAAAAUAAUGUAAAAUGCGUUGCUUCAGUCAAGUUUUCAAUACUCAAUAAACUUUUACCAGAUGAUUCUAUAUCACAAGGAGGAAGAAAAAAGAAAGACUUAUUUGAAAAGGUUGGAGUUGGAAUUGGAUAUAGCAGAAUAAUAGAAGUGAAAGAGCUAGAGUCAUUCCGGGGGUAUAUUUUAAGUGAUUCACUAUUUUUGCAAGUUUUUAUCAGAUUACGAUUAACAUUUUAUCAGGAUGAAUUAUCUGACUGUAAAAAUGUUCAAGAGUUUGUAAAAGGAACUCUUUUUGAGUUUCACAACACACAUUGGUACAUAGUUCUUUUUCCUGAAGGCGAAAAAGUAGCCCAAGAAGAAAAGGAAGGAUUACAGUCAAUUGAUGGUGAUGAUUUACAAUCCCCCAAUCAGCCAUUAGCAUCGUUUAACCGUGACUCAUUUAGAAAUAGGUUUAAAAAGAAUAAAAGUGUCUAUAAUGAAAGUACAUUGGAAACACCAGCCACUAAAGCCAAUGAUAAAGAAAAUGAACACAAGAUAACAGAUAAAAAUGUUGAUAAGGCAAAAAAAAAAAAACAUGCUUCAAUAUAUAUGAUGAGAGAUAUAAAUAAGUUUAAUAAAUUGUUACGCCACGAUGUUAAGUUUAUGAUAUUAGUUGAAGGUGGUAACGACGUUGCACUAGAGCAACAUUUUUAUGGAACGGACUCGAACGUUUUUGGAACAGCUUCUUUUAUGACAGCAAAACAGUUAAAGCUGCUAUGGAAAACAAAUAAUUUGAAAAUAACAACAAAAUUUUUGCAGAUAGUACCUUAUGUAUACUUUGCUUACCAAAUUAAUCAAAUUACGGAAAGAGUUGGAAACUCAGAGUUUUGCUUUAAAGAUCAAAAUAACUUGUCUUGGAAAUUUUGUUUUAUGCAACAUUCGACCACAAAAGAGUUUUUAAAAGGCGCUAUUUUUCUUGACGAUAGUCAAGAUGACGAACAAGUAAAACAUUUUAUAUCGCAAAAUAAGAUACUUAUGGUAUCAUGGUUUGUAGAAAUCUUAAGUCCAGUAAAUAUAGAGAAAAGCAUUACUUUUUUUCCUCGUAGUAAGCGAGAGAUAAGAGAAUGCCGAAUAAGUUCAAUAGGAGAAAAAGACAUGGUUACGUUUCCCGUGACAGUUCAAGAAGUAAUUUCUGAUGAAAGUCCAUUUUUGGACAGUAAUGGGGCACUUUCAGUAAAACUGUCUAUUUUAUGCAGUAAUUUUGUUGACGAUAAUGACUUAUCGGAUGCAGCAUAUGAUGCUUUCACUCAAUCAAAAAAUAAGGUAUCAACAAAAGAAAUAAACCAUGCUUCACAACAAGAUACACUUGGUGAUAUUAACAGUGACGAAGAUGAUACUUUGUUAUCAUCUUUAAAAGAUCACAUUGAUGCAUAUGAGAAGAACAAAGUUCAGGACCCAAAGUUUAAAAAUACUAAAAAGAUCAAAGGAAAAGAAUGUAGCAUAGCUCAACUGAAAAUAGAUAGUCGUCCUUCUUCAGAUGAUUCUAAAGAACUUAUUGAUUUAGCCAAAGAUCUUGAAAAUGUUAUAAGGUCUGUUCCUCUUCAUAUCUCAAAGGUAUUAUAUGCAGGUGCUCUUGGACAAACAACUAUCGUAAGAAAUCAUUAUCAGCUAGAUUUCAUCAUAUUUUUAAAAG